UAAGUAACUGAGGAUGGUUACACUUCAUAUAUUGAAAAUAUAUAGCUGACUGUAGUCUGGAUUACAAAUUUUUGCAGAUCAUAGAUUUCUCACCUGUUCUACAGAAAAACAGUAAUUGAGAUGAGCUCUGUAUCAGUUCUUGUAUCCAGACCUUACUUUGUUGGAGCAGAUUCAAAGUUUCGUAUUUUUAAGGAAUUUGACCAAGAUGAAGAUAAAUAUAAAAUACAUUUUCAGAUACAACCUUUAAUUGGUUUUACUCUUCAAAUGGCUUUUACUCUACAGUUGAAUAUAGUUGUCAAACAAUCAGAUAAUCUCUGGUAUCUUAGAAAAAUGAAUGAAACAGUUUUUCCAGUUGCAUGGUUUACACAGACAGCUGAUUUACCAGAAGAUUUUGCAAAAGAAGUUUAUGACAUGAUUAUGACACCACAAAUAUAUGGAAAAUAUGCAGUGAUGCUUGUGAUAGGACUUGGAAUUAUGGGAAUAUCUUCAGCAAUACUUAAUAAUAUAUAUCCAAUGAUAAAG